CUCGAAAGGCAAACUGAGGCUAUGUUUGGAAUAACACAAAUUGUUAUAAUUAAUUUUUAAUUAUUUUUCAUUUUCAUAUCUUUUGUCCAUCUUUUGUCGCACCGGAUUCAAAUGGUAAUGAUGCGUAAAAUUAAAUUAACCUAUCUCUACGCUUCGCCGAUUGCGAUGAAUUAAAACAAAUAACUAGUAAAGAUUUACUACCGUUUGGGUUAGUUUUAGCCAAACUUUAAUACCCACGACAUGCCUUCCACUGUUUGGUGCUACCUUUUCGCCGUUGCUGCAUUGGUUUUCGUUCCCACCACCAACGCACUGGGAAGGCGAAAUAAAGAGCUAGUGAUUGAUAAAGCGAAAACAUGCCAAACGAAUAAAACCGAAUCAUUUUUGAUCAAGUUCAUCAUUCCGGCAAACUUCACGUCGAGCAACAAUGUGGUGCGCUUUUACGGGAACUUUUCCGUCGUACAACAGAUUCGACCGCCGCUGGAGCUCACACUAGUGGCGUAUCGCUGCACGCUCGAUUUGCAAAACUGCCAACGGUACAAUGCGGUGCAGGUGCCGAAAAUUUGCUCCUUUUUGGCCGACACCAACUCGUUCUGGUCACCGUUUGUGCGCAGCAUCGAGCCGACAGUGAAGUGCCCCCUGCAACCGGCAACGUACGUGUUUAAGGAUUCCGCGUUUGAUUUGAGCUUUUUUACCAGCUUUCCACUGGACGGGUACACCUGGCAAGUGACGAUGAAGCUGUACAGCACGGCCGUCACGCCGAAGAAGGAAGUGUUUUGCUUCGCUGCGCAAGCUACGCUGAAAACAGUCCGCCGACCUUAGCUAUCGUGUAGUUAAGGGAGUGUAAAGUCUAGUGCAAACGGGUGAGCUCAGUCUCAACAUUUAAAUAAAACUAAAUUAUCAGCAAGUUUUACUACACCAAUGAGUAGGAUGAGUAGCGGAUGUACUCUGCCAAAACCGGACUUUACAGCGCACAGUAGCCACCUCAAUUUGGCUCUACCACGCCUCCUCUGUCGUUAUGAACGGCCUAAAAAGACUUUACGGGCUUUAUGUUCGUCCGUUUCGAUGCGUUUAACAUGGCCAUCCAUGGGGCGGUCCCGUGGUACAGUCAUCAACUCGAACGACUCAAUAACAUGAUUCAUUUAACCGACAAUGUGUACAACCGCCUACACGGGUAAGUUUCGCCUCUUUAUUCCUAAAUAACUUUGGAUUAAAAAAAUCGUAUCGACUUCAAAUUUAAAAAAAUGCCUCGUAAAAGA